GUGUAGCUCGGCGGCGUAACAUCCGGUCCACACCCCACCACAAUAAGGCUCCCCUCGCUGCUGUCACACUGCGGAUUGUGUUGUCGGGAUGCGUUCAGGGUCCGGUACCGGGCCCACCUUCCUGCCCUUGUUCACUUCAGGGACCACGAGUUUAAACCGGCGGCGGCGGAUUACCGAUUUCACCGGCCCGGUUCACCGGCCGGCUCGUGCAACGAGACCGGCGGCACCGGCCCCGACACCCGGUCUCCGGUGUGUUCGAGGCGGCUCGGCCCGCCGCCGCUCCGCGUCCUCUGACGGGUCUAAUCCGGUCCUCUUCCCGCCGUGCGGGUUGCACGUCGGUUCUGUUCCCGGUAACCGGCUUCAGAACCUGCAGCUGUAAUACCGAACCGGAACCGGCGUGGUUAUUUUUAGUGUUUUAAUUGAGUUGCAUUGUAAUCUUGAUCCCUGAGCCGACACGAGACCUGGACGAGCUCCUGGACCCGGUAGCGACCUGCCCGCUCAGUCGGGUACGGACUGGAACCCGAACCGAGAGACGCCGCCGCAGCGUCAGGAAAGCCCGUUUCUUGAGUUCGGGUCCGGUGCUGGGUCCCGGUCCGCAUGUGGUGGACUAGAGGAGACCUGCAUGGAAGACUCGGCUGCAGGUAGAACCGCCAUGGGGCCCCAGGGCCCGGGGGGCCGGAAGAGGGUCCCGAACCAGGAGAAGCGGACCGCCGAGGACGAGACUCUGAACCAGGUCGCACGAGAGGCGGAGGCCCGGCUGGCGGCGAGGAGAGCGGCGAGGGCUGAGGCCCGAGAGAUCCGGAUGAAGGAGCUGGAGAGGCAACACAGAGAGGUGGGCUCUUAUUGUGAAAAGCACCAGAGACAGCUGUCUCUCAGCCACCAGAAGCAUUAUGGUCUGGAUAAUAAGUGGGGUCACAUUGAACAGUGGAUGGAGGACAGUGAGCGGUAUGCUCGGCCCCCACGGAGACACACCUCGAUGUCUGACGAUGAAGAGAGGAUGUCAGUGGGGAGCCGGAGCAGCCUGAGGCCCUCAGACUACAGUGGUUUCCUAGGCUCCUCCUCCAGAGCGUCCUCCAGGGCCGGCUCAGCUCGUGCGAGCCCAGUGGUGGAGGAGCGACCCGACAGAGACUUUAUGGACAAAGGUUCCAGGACCGCCUUCACGCUGUCCGCCGCCACGCUGGCGUCUCUGGGCGGAGCUUCAUCUCGCAGAGGAAGCUGUGACACGUCGUUGUCCGUGGAGACGGAGGCGUCCAUCAGAGGCAUGAAGGACUCCCUGGCCCAGGCCGAGGACCGGUUCCGGAAGGCCAUGGUCUCCAGCGCUCAGCUCCACAACCAGAAGUCCACUCUGAUGUAUCAGGUGGAGAACCUGAAGGAGGAGCUGGGCGACAUGGAGGAGCUGCUGUGGGAGUCACGGAGGCUCUGGGAGGACCGCACCAAGGAGCUGGAGCGUGAGCGUCAGGCGCGCCUCCUUCUGCAGCUCCAGUUCACUGAGAUGGAGGAGACGGUGAGGCGCUGUGAGGAGGGGCUGAAGGAGGUGUCUGACCUCCGCUUGAGGAGCAGUAGUUACUCCCAGGAGGUGUCUGAACUGCAGGAGGUUCUUCAGUGGAAGGAAAAGAAGAUGGAGGCGUUAGAGAGACAGAGGGAAAUCUCUGACAUCGUUCAAAUCGAACGCGACCGGCUCAGAAACGAUGUCGUCAGACUGAGAGACUUACUGAAGAAACACGGAGUCACCGUCUCUCCUGAGUUCUCCUCCAAUGGGGAGGCGGCACCAGGCGAGGCCGUGGAUGAUGAUGUCAGCGCAGAAUCUGCCCCCCGAUUGGCCGAGAGCACACUGGGACUGAAGACGCUGUGCGAGGACAGAGAGACGCUGACGGCCCGGCGGGACCAGAACCCAGGGGGGCGGGACCAGAACCCGUGGUGUGUGAGGCCGAGAAGACCUGGCAGGGUGAUGGACUCGAAGAAGCUCCACAGAGAGCUGCGCUCGGCUCUGGACCGGAUCGGGGAGCUGGAGUUGAGCAACGUCCGUCUGUCCAGGCGUCUGGACAAGCUGAAGGCCAGCCGCAGCGCCCUGCUGGCGCCGCCCUGAGCUGCAGAGGGGCGGGGCCUCCUCCGAGGGGCGGGGCCUCCUCCUAGUCUGAACUUCACACCACAAACUGCAGUUUGAAGUAUUUAAAUAAACUCUUCUAUUUAAUGAGGAGCUGCAUGUCGCCGUUAACUCCACCCGCCUGGUCCUCCAUCUGUAUGAAGCAUGGCAUUACCUCCCUCUGUCGGUCCGGACCAGAUGAACAGGACCAGAUGAACAGGACCAGAUGAACAGGACCAGAUGAACAGGACCAGAUGAACAGGACCAGAUGAACAGGACCACGUCGUUCAUCUUUAGGACGUUUACUCAAUACUUCCAUCUGUUGAUCUAUUGAUGUAUUGAUCAGGCUCUGUUGAUCUAUUGAUGUAUUGAUCAGGCUCUGUUGAUCUAUUGAUGUAUUGAUCAGGCUCUGUUGAUCUAUUGAUGUAUUGAUCAGGGUGAUGGAGAAUAAGAACUCAAGACGCAGCUCUCUGCUUGUCAAGUUCCGUUUAAUAUUAAUUUAUUUGUCUGCAAUGUUCUAGUUUUUCAUUGUUUCAUUUAACUGCUUUGUAUUAUAUAUUUGUUCAUAUUUCACAUGUUUAUUGAAUGUUUCCAGUCAGUUUUACAUAAAAGCAAAAAAAAUAUGAAA